AUGGCUCCUGGAAAACCUCGUUCUGAGCGGUCGCUGGCUGACAAGCUCGCUGAUCUGGAGGAUCCCACACCCAGGGAUUUUGAUCCCGAGGAUAUCGAACAUGACGAUGCCUCAAGCGACGAGGGGGCUGGUAAAGCAUCAGAUCUGAAUGCCGGCAGAGAGCACUAUCAAGCUGUGGGCAAAGCGAAACUCCGGAACCAGGACCCUGUUAAUCUGGGGAAACAAUAUUCUGGCUCUCGCGUCAGCAGAGACGCCCUGGAAGCAGAUAGCGAUGACGAUCCAUUUGCAGCACGUACCGAUGAUGAGCAAAGUGCCGACGAGGAGCUUGGGUCCGUUCCGGACGAGGAUGACGACUCUGCCUCAGGAUCCGAACUCAAUGGGAUGGAAUCUGACAGUGACGAAACCCCAGAGGGUUCAGAAGAACUAGAUUCCGAGGCGGGUGUAGAGGAGUGGGAUAGCGAAGACGAGGAAGAGGAAGAGGAAGAGGAUGACGACGGCAACAGCGUGGCACAAGGCAGCGGCAAGGGCCAAGGCCCCGUUGGCCAUGGUGGUAGCGAGCGCAAGCCUGGAUCCGCGCCGGAUGAUCGCGAGGAGCUGCGGCGGCUGAUGGCUUCUGAUCAAAAGACCAUUGCUGCCACGAUUUCGCAAGCUGCCAAGGCAGACGCGGCAAAAGGAAAGGCUGUCAAGGAGCAACGCACCACUUUUGACGCAUUGUUGAACACUCGGAUCAAGUUGCAAAAGGGGUUGGGCGCAAUCAAUGAAAUGGCUGGUGUGGCCCUAGAAGAGGACGCGGUUGAGGAUGGGGAUGUCGAAGGCGAAGAUACAAACUCUGAGGCCAUCAAGUCUGCCGAAACUGCUGCCCUCGCCCUCUGGUCUACGUUGGAGGAACUUCGCACUGCCCUUGCCGACGCUCAAACUAAAGAUGGAGCCAAAAAGCGCAAGCGUCCUGGUCCUAUCGCCCAUACAGUUUCUACUGCCUCGCUCUGGGAGCGCAUGUCCAACCUGGAAUCUGAAUCUCUUAUCCACCGUCGGGCCAUUCUCGACAAGUGGUCCUCCAAGGUCCGGGGCGCCGCGACCUCCCUUCCCAAUGCCCGUGGCAAGUUGAUGGGCUCGGCUUCUGGUACCCAAACGAUCACUGCCGUUCUUGAUGCACAUGUUGCUACGGAAAUCGGGGAUCGUGCGACCAAACGCCCGCGUCAGGCCGCUGUGCCCGAACCCGUUUACGACGACACGGUCUUUUACCAAUCCCUGCUCCGCGACCUCGUCGAACAACGUAUGUCUUCCUCCGAAGCGAUGACGAGUGGGCUUGAUACACUCCACCAGCUGCCGUCUCGGCUGCCUAUUCACCCCGUCACGGGUAUGCGUAACGAUAAGAACAGGAAAGAGGUUGUUGAUACUCGGGCGUCAAAGGGUCGCAAGAUGCGUUUCAAUGUUCAUGAGAAGCUGCAGAACUUCAUGGCUCCUGAGGAUCGUGGCUCCUGGACAGUGCGAGCCCGUGAUGAAUUCUUUGCGUCUUUGCUGGGGAAGUCGGCAAGUGGGUUGUUGGGCGAAGGCGAUGAGAGUGCCAGUGAUGCGGAAUCUGAGGAAGACAAGGAGGAAGGUGGUUUGCGAUUGUUCCGUAACUGA